UUAGUUCCAGGUUCAAAUUUAUUGAUUAAAAAAAGUAAAUGUAAGUUUUUCUCAUCCAGAAAAAACAGUAAAUUCAGAUUUAGAUUUAAUGUCAGUUCCUUCACGUUUCCAACAUACAAGCAAACAAAAUCAUGUUUCCUACCGUCCCACAAUUAAACAACGUUUAAAAAGAAACAUAAACAAAACUAAAACUAGAACUAGACAUCAAGGAAGAGUUAGAUGUAAGUUUAAAUCUAAAGGAAGAACAGAGAACCAGUUAAAACCUGGAGACCCGGACCAGGCUGGAGGCCAGGGGGUCAGGCUGAGAACAGCAUGUCCAGAUAUGCUCUCAGACUGGGAGGCAGGGAGGAGGGGGGCCAACCACCGGAGAGACAAAACAUCAUUAGCAACUUCUUCAAACCUGGACGGUCAGUGGAGACAUAAACAGGGACAGGGAGUAAAGGCUCCUGGAUUAAAUUAGGGUUAUAUUGAGAUAAAAACUGUUUUAUAAUAAAGUCUUCAAACAGCUGAUGAUUAACUUCACUGAUGAAACAGUUUACAACCCUCUUUCUUUAAGCUUGUGUCCUCCCUGCUCUCCUCCUCAAUAAACGUUAAGCUUUUAUUAAAGGAAUAAAAAAAUAAAAUGAGUAGGUUUUUCAACAUGUUGAUGAUUCUGCAUAAAAUAAAUACAAGUUCUGUUUAUUUCAGAUGAAAUGAUUUCAGGUGAACUGAUGUUGAAUCAAGCACCUUUUACCUCCAACCUGAGCAAAUAUUAUCAGAAAACUUUCUCCUCCUGACCUUUGGAGGUUGAAUCCCAGUGGGCGGGGCUUACUGCCACGUAACAGAGCCUUGCAUCUAACCCAGAUCAGACAUUUGACUGGAGUCAGAUCUAUAGAAACAUGUUUGUUUCCAUUGUCCUCCUGUUGCUCUGUGUUUGGUUCCUCCUCCUCCAGCUCAAAGCUCGGAGGCCGAAGAAUUUCCCUCCAGGACCCCCCACCCUGCCGGUGCUGGGGAACCUCCUGAACAUGAACCUGGAGAACCCCCUGCAGGACUUUGAGAGGCUCAGGAAGUCUUAUGGAAACGUCUACAGUCUGUUCAUCGGUCCCAAACCAGCCGUGAUCAUCAACGGGCUGAAGGCCAUGAAGGAGGCCAUGGUGGUCAAGGCCACGGACUUCGCUGGACGACCUCAGGACCUGUUUCUUAAUGACGUCACCGAGAGGAAAGGUAGACCUGAGUCUGCACUCCUUUAAAGAAAACUGAGCUGCUUAAAGAGUCUGUCACAUCAAAUUUUUGUAAAAAUAUAAAAUAAAUAACAUUACGUUACACUGUGAUUCUUGUAGGUUUCGAUAUCAGUGGAUAGAGAUUUAAACUAUACAUGGAUUUUAUAAAUGUAACAAUAUUAUUUGAAUCUGUUUUAUUUCCCAGGUCAAUAUUAAAAUCUCCACACAAAAAAACUGUUUUGUUAGAACUCCCUUCAAGGAGCUUCAUGAGUUCAUCGGUAAAUAUUUCAUUAUUAGAUUCAGGUGAUCAAUAGACACAACUUAUUAUGUUUUUAGAAUUCUUAUUUGUUAUUUCAAUUGAUAUUAUUUCCAUAUUGUCCGUAAUCAGUGACAUUUUAUCAAUUUCUUUACAUUUUAUUUCAUUGGUAAUAAAUAGAGCAACUCCAUCGCCCCUUUUAUUGAUCCUGUUCUUGUAAUAGAAUUCAUAUCCCUCAAUGUGAAUGUUAUCUAAAUGAACAUCAUUUAGCCAUGUCUCUGAAAGUGCUAUUAUAGUAAAAGUUCUGUUUAACUGUUUUAAAUAGUCUGUUAUUUUAAAUAAAUUAGCAUUUAUACUUCUACAGUUGAAGUGAACAACAGAAAGACCUUCAUUUGCCACACUGAUAUUAUUAAAUUGCUCUUAAUUAUAAUAUUCAGAGUCUGCAAUUACAGGAAAGAAUUUGGAUUUAGCUAGAUUGUAUAUUUUAAUUUCUGAGUCUUUAUAUAUAUAUUCAUAUUUUAGUUUGUAUCCAUUUGUAUUGUUAAUUCAUUUUUACCAAGUAGUUUCACCUGUUUAACUAAGUUUGUUGUUUGUCCCAUCUUUAUCUUAAUCCUUCUAACUCUCUAAGUUCCUGUAUUAUUUUAGCCUGUGAUCCUUCCUUUAUUUUGAUCCAAAUGUUUCCAUUUCGUGUCCACGU